UUAUUUUAACCGACAAAGCAAUUUCACAAAACCGCCUUACUUUCAAUAUCUUCCCUCUUCAUAUACCAGUUCUUCCCUAAAUCAUAACGUUAUAACAUUGUCUGAAAGAAUUCUCAACCCUAUCACUAGAAAAUUCGCAAUCUCGUUCAUCAAACCUCAAAUUUAUGAACCCUAACCCUAAAAAAUGUCGAUUAGUUUAAGGAAAGCCAACACUCGUCUACCUCCAGAAGUUAACAGAGUUCUCUAUGUUCGAAAUCUUCCCUUCAACAUCACCAGCGAAGAAAUGUACGACAUUUUCGGAAAGUACGGAGCAAUUCGACAAAUUCGUGUCGGAACUAAUAAGGAUACUCGAGGAACUGCGUUCGUAGUUUACGAGGAUAUUUAUGACGCUAAAACUGCCGUCGAUCAUCUCUCUGGGUUUAAUGUCGCUAAUCGUUAUCUCAUUGUGCUGUAUUAUCAACCUGCUAAGAUGAACAAGAAGGUUGAUUUCAAAAAGAAGGAAGAGGAAAUCACGAAAUUGCAGGAGAAAUAUGGUGUUUCUACUAAAGAUAAGUGAUUAUUUUUGUUGUUGUUUGAUUUUUGUGUUUUUAUUUUUUAUUUUUCUGGGGUUUAGUUUUAUGCGGGGUUUUUGGGAUAAAUGUGAAUUGUUGUUGGUUGAAUUUUUUGUAUUUUCGGAAUUGAUUGUUACUACUUACUAUUGCAGUAUUGACUUGGUAGUAUAAACUUUGAAAUUCUUUUUGUUGUUGUUUGA